AUGCUGACUUUAAUCCAGCUGAUAGUUUUCCUGGUUUGGACGAGCAUUAGUUCAGCUGAUGCAGAGAAACUUUUCCACCAACGGGAUCAUUCUGAUGUGCAAAUCCCCGCCUCCCACCGAGCUGGGCUUAUAACUGACAGAUAUGGUUUCAUCAGUCCAGUGAACUGGGAGGAGACCCAGUUUGAAGAUUCAGACACUUGGUUUUACGACGACUUCAUGGGAGAUGACUUCCAGGGCAGCAUCCAGGAGGGGGCCUCAGCGGCUCACUCAAGGAAUACUAAAGAUGACAGGCAGGAUGAGCACAACAGUUCAUAUGAGAGCCAGGCGUUCAUUUCAGCGCUCAAAGAGUUUCAGAGGGUAUCAGGCCUGCCUGUCACCGGUGUGUUUGAUGAUGCCACCAAGAUGGCUAUGAACAAACCGAGAUGUGGAGUCCCUGACAAGGAAGCAGAGCUCAACGCCCCUGCAGCACUUGAGAACAGCUUAUCAAACAGUACUAACUCAGAUGAUGAAAACACACCCAGCGCCACUUUUAAUGGGACUGUCAGGAACAACACGGAGAGCAACAUAAUCAGUGACACUUCUUUUGCUGCUGAAAACGUCUCUGGAGAUGAGAACAUAUUCACUUUUAACGACACCAACAGCGUCCUCACAGACAUCUCCAAUGAGACCAGCUUGAAUUUCACGGACGACUUUCACAUAUUUGAUCCCAGUUUGAACUUCACUUCUGCAAACAGCUCUCAGGAUAACAGCACGGACAGUCAGACGGUGGAUGUGGAGACGCAUCAGAGUGAUGUGGUGCAGCUAAGGAAACGCCAUCUCGCCUCACGUCUGUCCAAAAGCCGGCAGAGGAGAGAUCUGAGUGAGGGGGGCUACAUGGCUUUUUCUAAGAAAGUGCUGAGAUGGAGGCUGAUAGGUGAGGGCUACAGCAGUCAGCUGACUAUUGAGGACCAGAGGUACAUCUUCAGGCUGGCCUUCAGGAUGUGGAGUGAGGUGUCUCCACUGGAGUUUGUGGAAGACACGCGUUCCCCACUGGAGGACAUUGACAUCAGGCUUGGUUUUGGCACAGGGAGACACCUGGGAUGUAACCAGAGGUUUGAUGGCACUGGUCAGGAGUUUGCCCAUGCAUGGUUCCUGGGAGACAUACACUUUGACGACGAUGAACAUUUUACAGCACCCAAUGCUGGAAGUGGGAUCAGCCUCCUCAAAGUGGCAGUGCAUGAGAUCGGCCAUGUGUUGGGCCUGCCUCACAUAUACAGAGCUGGCUCCAUCAUGCAUCCCAGCUAUCUGCCCCAAGAGUCUGGCUUUGAGAUGGACUGGAUGGACAGGAAGGCAGUACAGCAGCUUUAUGGGGGGUGUAAGGGCCGGUUCAGCACUGUGUUUGACUGGCUCAGAAAGGAGAGAACGCCCUACGGAGAGGUGGUCAUCCGCUUCAACACCUAUUUCCUGCGAGACGGCUGGUACUGGCUAUAUGAGAACAGGAACAACCGAACGCGUUAUGGAGAUCCGGUUGCCCUGCAGAUCGGCUGGCGUGGGAUUCCCGGAGAUGGGGUGGAUGCUCAUGUGCACGUGUGGUCCAGGAAAAGGGAUGCUGUCUACUUUUUCAAGGGUACUCAGUUCUGGAGGUACGACAGUGACAAUGACCUGGUGUUUCGACAGGACCCGGAGGGACACCGCUACCCCAAGCUCAUCUCUGAGGGUUUCCCAGGGGUGCCCAGUCCCAUUGACACAGCUCUUUAUGACAGGAGGGACGCACACAUCUACUUCUUCAAAGGCACUCGCGUGUAUGCGUUUGAUGUGGAAGCCAACAGCUUGGCAAGAGGCUUCCCCAAAAACAUUAGAGAUGUUUUCCCUCCAGUGGUGAGUGGAGACCAUCCAGAUGGCAACAUCGACGCUGCCUACUUCUCCUAUACCCACAAUGCCAUCUUUCUACUCAAGGGCACACGCUUCUGGCAGGUGGUGGGCAGCCGUGAUCGCUGGCGCCGGCCCUUCCUGCCACGCAAUGGCCUGCUGCCACACAAGGAGGUGGACCAGCACUGGUUUGACAUCUGCAAUGUUCAUCCCACUGCCCUGAGAGUAACCCGCUGA